CGGUGGGGCCUAGGAGGCCAGUGGCGUCAUCAGGCAGCGCGACCCGGUGUACUUUAGACUGAGGCGCUGAGGAAGAGGUGAGAGGGGUGAUCUGAGCGACUUCAGGCAGCAUGAGCGGCGGUGGACUCUUCCUCCGCGCGGCGGCGGCGGCGCGUGCCUGCCGGGCUCUGGCGGCCUUCACGACGAGCCAGCGCUCGUUGCGCACCAGUCCGCGGAGCCGAGGUUUUGCCAAGGAGCUCUUCCUAGGCACGAUCGAGAAGAAAGAAGUUUUCCCAUUUCCAGAAGUUGAUCAAGAGGAACUUAAUGAAAUUAAUCAGUUUAUGGGGCCAGUAGAAAAAUUCUUCACUGAAGACGUGGACUCUCGAAAAAUUGACCAGGAGGGAGAAAUUCCAAAAGAAACUUUAGAGAAAUUGAAGAGCUUGGGGCUUUUUGGAAUGCAGGUCCCAGAAGAAUAUGGUGGCCUGGGCCUCUCCAACACCAUGUAUGCACGGUUAGGGGAAAUCAUCGCCCUGGACACAUCUAUUACCGUGACCCUGGCAGCACACCAGUCUAUAGGCCUCAAGGGGAUCAUCAUAGCAGGCAAUGAGGAACAGAAGACCAAAUACUUGCCCAGAUUGGCAUCGGGGGAGCACAUUGCAGCCUUCUGUCUUACGGAGCCAGCGAGUGGAAGUGAUGCUGCAUCUAUCCGGACCAGAGCCACAUUAAGUGAAGAUAAGAAGCACUACAUCCUCAAUGGCUCCAAGAUCUGGAUCACCAAUGGAGGACUGGCUGAUAUUUUUACCGUAUUUGCGAAGACACAGAUUGUUGAUUCCAACAAUUUGAUAAAAGACAAAAUCACAGCAUUCAUAGUAGAAAGAAACUUUGGUGGAGUCACUAACGGGAAACCUGAGGAUAAGCUAGGCGUUCGUGGCUCCAACACUUGUGAAGUCCAUUUUGAAAACACCAAGGUGCCUGUCGAAAAUGUCCUUGGAGAAGUAGGAGGUGGGUUUAAGGUGGCCAUGAACAUCCUUAACAGUGGGCGGUUCAGCAUGGGCAGCAGUGUAGCUGGGAUGCUCAAGAAACUGAUUGAAAUGACCGCUGAAUAUGCCUGCACAAGGAAACAGUUCAACAAGAAUCUCAGUGAAUUUGGAUUAAUUCAGGAAAAGUUUGCAUUGAUGGCUCAGAAGGCUUAUGUAAUGGAAAGUAUGGCUUACCUCACUGCGGGGCUGCUGGACCGGCCAGGGCUUCCCGACUGCUCUGUCGAGGCUGCCAUAGUGAAGGUGUUCAGCUCAGAGGCUGCUUGGCAGUGUGUGAGUGAGGCGCUGCAAAUCCUUGGUGGCUUGGGCUACAUGCGAGACUACCCUUACGAGCGCCUGCUCCGCGAUGCCCGCAUCCUUCUCAUCUUUGAGGGAACCAAUGAGAUUCUCCGGAUGUACAUCGCCCUGACAGGUCUGCAGCAUGCCGGCCGCGUCCUGACUUCAAGGAUCAAUGAGAUUAAACAGGGAAAUGUGAGCACGAUUGUGGAGACUGUUGGCCGGAGGCUUCGGGACUCCCUGAGCCGUACUGUGGACCUGGGACUGACCGGCAAGCUUGGUGUUGUACACCCCAGUCUUGAGGACAGUGCCAACAAGCUAGAGGAGAAUGUGUAUUACUUUGGCCGGACUGUUGAGACGUUGCUGCUCCGCUUUGGCAAGACCAUCGUGGAGGAGCAGAUGGUGAUGAAGCGGGUAGCCAACAUCCUCAUCAACUUGUACAGCAUGACGGCUGUCCUGUCACGGGCCAGCCGCUCGAUUCGCAUCGGACUCCGAAACCACGACCAUGAAGUUCUGUUGGCCAACAUCUUCUGCGUGGAAGCUUAUCACCAGAACCUUUUCACCCUGUCUCAGCUGGAUAAGUAUUCUCCAGAAAAUCUAGAUGAAAAGAUUAAGAAGGUGGCCCAGCAAGUCCUAGAGAAGCGAACCUACAUCUGUGCUCACCCUCUGGACAGGACGUCCUGAGACGGAGGGGCAAUGCUCCCUGCUGCUGCCUGCCCCGGCCAUAGUGAGGUGUUGGCUGGUUCUCCAUCCAAUUGCUGGACAACUCUGUUUCACAAGGUUGCAGCCAUGUUUUCCAAGUUUACAAACAGAGGGGCCUUCUCCUUUCCUGAGAGAGCCUCUUUUAGGCUUUGCCCUGCAGCUUUUUGUUCUCAGCAUUGCUGUCUAUGUGAUCAUAGCUUCUGAACAAAGACGGAGAAAGAAAAUGGAUUGCUGAUUAUCUGGAAUUUGAGGAUAUUCUGAUCGUUAAGGUGACAUUGCAGUGAAACUGAGGCUCGUGUGGCUGCCUCCGUGGCAUGCUGGCAGGGACCUAUUUCUGGCCUGGAGCCAUUUCUGCUAGACCACAGCUUUUCCAAGAGACAGCAUCUACGUGUUGUUCAUUUAAACUAGGAACAAAAGGCACUGAAAACAUGUACCAGGAACCAUUUAAUAAAAAGAGUAUAAGACGUCAUAAUUUGUGCUUACCCUUCUAGCCUUUGCUGCUAGUCACUAUUUUCCUCAGAGCCAACUAAUGGAUGACAGCAUGACCCUGACCACCAGCCUUUGUCCUCACCCUGCAAGAAUGGGGAGCUUCGUAGUCCAAGGCUACAGCCAAACUCGAAUGACUUGAUAUUGCAAUCUUUGAAGAAUUUCUGAAAACGGUAUAGAAGCAGUCAAUUAAUUAAUCUGAUUCACAUACAUGAGAGAAAAGACUGUCUAGGCAACAAGACCCCUGUGGCUUGGAGCAGCAGGAGCUGAAGAUAAAGGCAGGCCAUGGGUUGUUGGAUGAGGACAGAGCCCAGGCCUUUGAACACCUUCAAAAAGACUUUGCUAGAGAAGACAUGUAGAGCUGGGAUCCUGCCAUGGCCCACACGUGACUUAAAUCAGUAUUUUCUAGUGAGAGGAUUGGUCUAAAUCACUCAGUCUGCCAUUAUCAGAAGUGUUCUUCCCAACCUCAGAGCUGAUGGACUACAACCUAGAGAGACAGAGUCUGUCCAUGCUACUGCUUCUUAGGAGUUUAAAGUUGAAAUUCUUUAAACUCUUAACUUGCUUGGUGGAGUGAAAGCAAACAGAGUGGUCAGCAGUUGUUCUGGAUGCCUAGAAUUCUCUGCCCUGGGGCUGACACUGCAGGGGAACUUGGACUCACAAGCAAAGUAACUAGAUGCCAGAGAAAUAAUAUCCACCUAUAAAAGAAAGACCACAAACUGAACAACUGAAGCAAAAUUAUUCAAAGAGAAGGAACAAGAAUUUAGGAUAAAUGUAAUAAUCAUUCUUAAAGGAUAUAAAUAAAGGCAUAUUACUAAUAUAGCAGAAACAAGACCAAAGAAAAGUACAGUGAAACUUGUGAGAGCUGUAACUUUAUGGGACUGCCUUGUUACUCUGGGUCCUGUUUUGACAGAGUGAAGUCCUACCACUUUUUCUAUCACUUGUUUUAGUGGAAAAUAUUUGAGUUUUCCUUCUCUAACACGUUUGUGCCUUACACAAGUUCUGACUUUUGUAGGUUUUACUGUAUUAGGCGUAAAAAUUUAAUAGUUGAAACAAAGAACACAAAUAAAUGAGAUAUACUGCAGAAGUGAUACAAUUUAGAAUGAAUUAGUGCAUGGGAAGAUCAGACUGACACAUGCACCCAGAAGGCAGCUCUGGAUAAAACAAUAAAAUAAGAAAACCUAAGAGUCUGGAGGAUGGAAAUAGAAGUGGCAACAUCCAAAUAAUAGAUGUCCCAAAAGGAGAGGAAAAUGAGACUAGGAAAAUUUAAAGAAAUAAUGGGUGUCAGAAUAGAGAAAGAAAAAUCCAAGCCUGGACACAUUAGUGAGAUUUAAGACAACAAAGGCAAGGAUAACUUUUGAAAACUUCCAGAGGAAAAGAACAGGCCCCAUAUAAAGGAAAAAGUAUCAGAUUGACAUUAGUUGUCCUCAGCAGCAACACUAAAAAAGAAGAUUUGAAGUAAAAGACUGUGAACCUGUAAUUUUAUACCCAGGCAAACUGUCCAUUUAACUGUGAGGUCGUGUUCCCAGGUUUAAAAAGCCUUUGAAGGUUUAACACACAGACCUUCCUUUAAAAAUACUCUUGGAAGAAAAUUCAAAGUAGAGGAGGAAAAUCUGGGAGGAUUUACAUAGAGUUAGCAAGUAAGGAUGUUUGAAGUUAGCAAGUUUUCUUGUCUAAAAAGGACCAGGAGAAAGUGAAGUAUAACAACGUAGAAUUGAAACUCUAGAGACUAUUAAAAGGAUGGUGGGGCAUGGAUAAGGAAAACAGAUAAAAGUGUGCUAUGUGCGUUUUAAGGAAAAUGAAUGUCAAUUAUGAAAUUCAAGAAUUCAGUAGGAAUAUAUAAACACGAAUAUGGUGACACAGUAGAAACAAAAAUAAAAUGUAAUUUUUAAGUCAGCAGAAGAAAACUUAAUCUAUUCAAGGAGUGGUAAAAGAGGGGUUUCAAAGAAAAUGAGGUUGGUAAAAAAGGCCUAAUGUAACAUUAAUUACAGUAAAUGUGAAUGGGUUAAACUUGCCAGUUAAAAAAGCUCAGAUUGGAUUUGUUUCUUAGGCGAACAAUAUGCUAUGUAUAAAAACACUUUAAAUAAAAAGACAUAGGUUGAAAUUAAAGGGAAGAAAGAGAUACACUAGACAAAAGGAGAUGAAAAAUCAAACUAAAUCAAAAAAGCUUGAAUGGCAUUUAUCUUAGUUAUCUAGUGCUGCCAUAACAGAAA